CACAAACAAACAAACAUUAAUGGAGUUCGGGGGAAAGAUAAAGAUUAGAUCAAAGGCAGAGAUAGACACAAGGGCACCAUUCAAAUCUGUGAAAGAGGCAGUCACCUUAUUUGGUGACAGACUCCAUGUUAUUCCACCCAUUACUCUUAAUAAGAUACAAAUUGAACGAAAUAAUAUGAAAGAAGAAGAUGCAUCUUCAUCAUCAUUGAGGCUUUUUACAAUCAAAGGUGAGUUGGAGGAAACAAAACAAAACCUUCAAAAAGCAAAAGAUGAAAGCAUGCAAAUAGCCAAUUGUCUCUAUUCCCUACAAGAAGAACUCGAACGCGCCAAACUAGAGAUUCAACAACUGAAGAACCGCGAAUCGGCUGAAAUACAAGUUAUGUUGAAGAAGGAGAUGGAGUGCCUCAAGUUUACUACGGAGAACAUGGAAGAUGCGAUUGAAGUGAAGAAACACGCCGUCUCAAGUAAGAAGUACAUGGAUCCUUCGCCUAAUGAUCGAAUAACAUUUCUUAAAAGUGUGGAUGAUGAAGAUCAUGAAAGGGUAUUGCUAAGACAUCCUUCACUUAAGAAGACAGACAAAAAGAAGAAGAAGACAUUGAUUCCAUUGAUAAUUGGUGGGUUAUUUUGUAAGAUGAAUAUGAGCUCCCAUAAAAAAUAUGCACAAGCUUCUGAAGUUUAGUUAACUUUAUUAACUAAUGAGGUAAUUGGACAAGAUCAUCAUGGCGAGAAAUAAGAUGUUGAUCAAUAAUAUGUACUUUUUCUUAUGCUCAUUCAUCAAUUGCUAAACUAUAAAGCAAUUUUAAUUUGC